AUGCACGAGGAGGGAUGGAACGCAACGCGGGCAACGGGGCAACGGCGCAGUAGUGCACACUCGCUAGACCCCAAGAAUGGCAUGAAACGAAGAGAGCUGCAAACGGACGACCCCAUUCCUCCUCUACAUUCUUCCACGCCUCGCGUAGUGCUUCACAUCGAUCUUGACGCGUUCUUCGUACAGGUGGAACGAAGCCUGAACCCUACCCUGGUUGGUAAGCCGAUGGUCGUCCAGCAGCACGCCGACAUUAUCGCCGUGAGCUAUGAGGCUAGGGCGCUGGGCGUAAGGAAGCACAUGCCGACCGCAACGAUCCGAAGGGAGCACCCAUCUGUCAAGCUUGUGCACGUGGAGCACUAG